AUGCCUACCACGCCCCCUCACGAAAUUUACGACAAUCCCAGAGGGGAUCUCAGUCCUCCCCCGACCUCCACUUCUCCGCCUUUACCCCGUCCCAAUCUCUCCGCGUCCAACCCCCAGCUCAUCUUCGUCACCACUGAUGGCGCCGACGCCGCGGACGUGCCCGCCUUUGAGCCACUUCCACCCGAGAUCGCGAGUGCCGAUAUCUCUGUUCCGCCCGACGGGUCUUUCGUCGAAACAUCCAGCGGUGCCGCCGCACGCGAACUUAAGCGGAGAUAUGACCAGUAUUUAGGUGUUGGCAGGGACGUCCGCUCCCCCUACGCCAUCACCGCGUUCGUCAACCAGCACGGAAGGCAGAUGUAUCGUGUCGGGCUACGUGAGAUGAUGUCUGCACCGGGCGCGGCUGGCCAGGACGCUGGAGACCCCCCGCACACCAAGCGUCGUUCCCGCAUGUCUGUCCACUCCUUCCUCCCCGGCUUCAAGCACCCCGUCGUCUCCCCGCAGCCGGCCCCCGACGUCACGCGUUCUCCGCCUACGUCCCGGCGCCUGCGCAAGACGCGCUCCAUUCCCAACGGGCUUUCGAGCGCGGACGGCGCGUCCUCUCAACCUACCCCGCCACCUUCUGGGCGGCCUCAUGCCCACAGCGUGUCCAGCGCCGAUGCCUUUUCCGCUCCUCCCACCCAGUCCCCCCCUGAAGGAUCUCGGACGGCGUACGGAAGCAACAACAGCGGCAGCGACUUCUUCACCGAGGUCAUGGGAUGGUCCACUACGCCGUCAUCACCGCUUGGCUCUAGCACCUCCUCUGUGCCAUUCCGCUACCAUCCCGUAGUGUCGAGUCCCUCGCAUACACACUCACGAUCUGGCGAGAUCGCGCAUCCCUUUGGCCCCGGGGUUUCCUUCGAGUCUCCCGCCUGGCGUUCCCCCACGCACCUCAUCACCCAGCCCGCGCUGCGCGAGAUGCAGUCGUUCGAGUCUGGGUUGACCGCCCGGGCGGAAUACUUUCCGCGCAUGUCUCGCAUGUCCAAGCUUUCGCUCACCGGUGCGUCCGACGAAGAUUCCCGCACGUCAACUCCUCCACCGGCUGGUUCUGCCACGCCUCCGGUGCCUUCUGUCUCUCCCAUACCCUCGAUCCAAGAAGUCUCCGACCCCGUUCCCGUAAAGCUCGCCUCCACCACUCUCCACUCGCGAUAUUCCACUGGCCUGUUCGACGUCCUCCAGACCUAUCGAGGGCUGCCGACUCUGGAUAAGAUCAUGCUGUCUCCUCAAGAGCCCACCAUCCGUCUCUCGCUCCGCGCGGAGGAAAGCGUCGCGCCUCGUGAUGACCCCCGGUUCGUCAUUUGGGCCGAAGUUGACUGCGAGCAAGACUCGUAUGAGGAGUUUGGCGCGAACGGCACCGACCUAUCGGCCUCGCAGUCAGGCGACUCCCGCCGUAGAAUGGGUCGCUCAAGCACCCUUGUCUCUGUGGAUUCCGCCUCCUCGGCGGCGCCUAGGGAGAGCAAGAAGAUGCUGGUAGCGGCUACCAUCGAGCGGUGGAUCGCGCAGCUCACGAGCGAGCUCGACUAUGACGAACUACUUAUUUUCUUCCUCACGUACCGCACGUACGUGUCCGCGGUCGACCUCGGGCACCUCCUCAUCUGCCGCUUCCACUGGGCGCUCGGCGAAACUAUGACGAGCCGGGACGAGAUGGUGCGGAAGAUCGUGCGCGUGCGGACGUUCACGGCCAUCCGGUACUGGCUCUUGACGUUCUUCGAGGUCGACUUCGUCCCCAACCGCGAGCUGCGUCUUCUCUUCGCGGACUGGCUCAACUCCCUGCGGCGGGAUCCGAUCAUGCAAAAACAUCGUGACGCAUUGAAAAUCGUGCGGCAACUCCGCAAGGUCGUCAUCGACUGCCGGGAUGCGCAUAUACGCAAACUCACCCGUGUCUCGCGCAAGUCAGUGGAACGCGGCAAGUCGAUGGAGCCCCGGCUGGCUGCGUUCACUGAGGGUCCUUCUCGCCCUUCAGCCGACUCACAGUCGCGCUCGUUUAAUGACCCUGAAGACCAAGACAUCGACUUCGACUUUGACGACGCCAUACCCUCCGGACAUUCGUCCGAUCCCUCCUCGUCUAUGGGGACGAACGCGCUUGACCUGGUGAUGAUGCGCCAGCCGCUGCACAUGGCCGUGCUGCAGUACGGGAAGCAGAACCCAGGCGCUCCCUCGUCCUCGAACGCGACUCCGGUCUCGCCAUUCCCGCACAGCAGCAUCUCCCGCGUGUUCGUCAACACCAUCGGCCGACUGGGGAGAUGGAAGCGCGUCCUCAACAACCGCGGCGCAGCACAGCCACCGAUCGCGCUCGGUGUGGAUGUGUCCGCAUUUGACGUCGAGGCCAACGAGACCGGAGACUUGCUCAUGGUCAAGGGUGGGGUUGAGCAGUAUUUGCGGAUGGUCGAGAGCGGCAUGUCUGCGCUCGAUCUGUCCGCGGGGGCCGUCAUCUCGCCUGUUGUCCAACACGCUCCCCUGCCCCAAUCACCGCAGUCACCGGCAAGCAUGCUCAGAGUCCCUCUACCUGAUGUGGCUCAGACUAGCAUCGUGGAAGCGGAGGAACCCGAAGAACCAUCCAGUGCCCCCCCUUCCUAUGAGAUCUCCGAGGCACGCGAUUCGAUGUCGUCCUAUGGUUCGAGUGGAAGUGCUUCUCUCCCCGACGAUACCGCUUCUCUCCGGAGCCCCGGUGCCCAGGAUCCUAUGCCCACCAAGCACCCACAGGACAUCGAUGUUGUCUCCAUCGACGACGUGGACCUGUCCGACUUAUCCUCAGACGAGAACCUGGAAGUGUCGCCUCCUCCAGGACUCGGUCUCCGCAAGCCUACGCGGAAGCUCCCCACACGACGCGACUUCGAGUUCGUACGCCAGUCGAUGUCGACGGUCUCCUCGAUGGGCAUCCGUUCGCGCGCGUCGGUGGCCUCCCAGGGCUCGUCAGUGACCUCAUCCGACGCCGAACAGGACGACGAAGACGGCGCGGCGGUAAACGGACCUAUUGAGGCGUGGCACAUCGAGGCGAUUCUCGACCAGCUCAGCGACGACGAGGACUCCGGAGACGCAGAAGCAGCCCUGCGCCGACUCGAGGGCCAAAUCAAUCAGGACAAGGUCCGGGAAAAGCAAAGCAAGGUCGACCAAUGGAUCCAGUCCAUCCACCGUCGACAGGGCGGACGGCUUACGCGCGACUCGGACGCAUCGGGUUCGGACGAGGACUACGGCCAGGUCGAGCGCCGGCGGUUCUCCGGAGACUCGUUGGGCAUGCUGUCUCCUCAGAACGGCUCGCGGCGGAGCUCGAUCGCGUCAAGCUCACGGGAUCCUUCGGCGUCGGAGAUGCCGUCGACUUCUGCAACGUCCCCGCGGCAAAUAUCGCUCAGCAUGCUCCAGGUGAACGCUCCACACGGCGACGCGCAUUCGGACGGAGAGGCGCUCACGCCGCUCACGGAGGCGCGUCCGCUCGUCGAGGAUGCGGUCCCGCUCGAGAUUUUGCAGAGCCGCGUUCCAUCACGCCCGUCAACGUCGGGCGGAUCCCCGCAUAACGACAACACUCCCCAACCCUCCGCAGGUCUCCCGCCGCCGCCACCAGCUGUCCCCCAGCAACUGUUCCUCCGACGCCAUCGUUCGUUCGUACUGAACCAUAAGGCAGAGGUGAUCAUACAGCACCUGUCCAUGAUAGACCGCGAACUGUUCCUCGGGAUCGACUUCGAAGAGUUCAUCACGCCGUCCGCGGCUGCGGGCCACGACGCGAACGUCCUCGACUGGUCCCAUUUCCUGCGGGAGCGUGCACGUCUCAAGGCGGAGGGGCGUGGCGGGCUCAAAACGAGCGCGUUGACCGCGGUCCGUGGGCGGUUCAACCUGCUCGCGAACUUUGUGCUCUCCGAGAUCGUGCUCACCCACCCAAGCGAGCGCUCAGUCGUGAUCAACAAGUUCAUCAGGAUCGCAUGGAAAGCGUACCUUAUGAAGAACCACUUCGCGCUCGUAGCGAUCAUCGCCGGGCUCCGGAGCGAUUGGGUCGCGAAGGCGCGGCGGCAGACGUACACGCGGAUCUCGAACUGGGAGGCACGCGUGCUCCGCGACCUGACGGACUGGACGACGAGCGCGGGCGACUUCAAGCAUAUCCGGCAGAUGCUCGACUCCCUCGUCGAGGCGCGCACCGGCGCGCAGGACGGCCCUGUGAAAUCGUCUGACGGCACUCCUGCGACGUCGCGUUCCCGCGCCGCGAGCGACAGCAAGCCGCCGACGGACCCGGCGUGCAUUCCCUUCUUCGGCGUCUACCUCGCGCAGCUGCACCAUCACAGCAGCCUUCCGGACCUGAUCGACCCCACGGCGCCGCACGAGCCGGUGGGGAUCGAUCCAGAGACGAACACGUUCGAGGCGCUGGCGCACCCAGAGGUGUUCUCGACGCUGGCACCGCUGCCGGCGUCGAUGCAGCUCGAGCCGUUGAUCAGCGUGCACAAGCAGCGGCUGAUUUCCGGUGUGGUGAAGUCGCUGGUUGCCGGCCAGCAUCUCGCGGCGAAGCGGAUCUACCAGAAGUGCCUGAAGCUGCGGGGACUCGAUGGGGACACGCUCGAGCGCGCGCUCACGCUGUUCAGCGACAAGCGGUGA